UGGCCCGGCCCCGUGCGGACUAGGGCUGCCCCCCGCCGCCGCCAUGGACGCCGCCGCCGCCGCCUGCUGCUCCUCGGCAGGGCCCGCCGCCCGCGGCCGGAGCCGCUCCCCUCUGUGGCGCUUCUGGGACCGGCCGCGGACCCCGACCCCGCGGCGAGGCCCCGUCCGGGCGGUGUAGGCCGCGCCGCGUCCCGCCCGCCGCCGCCGCCGCGCAGCCCAGCCCCACCCGCCCCCCGCAUGGAGGAGCCCGGAGCCGGCCCGCGGACGCGCCCCGGGGGCUGGGGGCUGCCCCGCUUCCUGCGCCGCCGCCCCGCGCCCCGCGCGCCCGCCGCCGCCCCGCAGCCCGAGGCCCCGGGCCGCGCCUGGCUGCGGCGGCUCGGCCAGCUGCUGGCGCCGCUGCCCGGCCUGCUGCAGCGCCUGCUGCUCUGGACGCAGCUGCUCGGCGGGCUCCUGCCCGCCCGCUGGCUGGACCUGGCCGGCGGCUCCGUGGCCCGGCGGGGGCUGCGCGCGCGGGCCGACCCGGCCGCGCCGUCGGCGCCCAAGACGCCGCGCCCUGACGCCGCCGCGGUCGCCGCCGCCGCCCCCGCCGCCUGCGCCCUGGACUGGCUGGAGCAGGGGCUGCCCUGGCCGUGCCGGGCCCCGCGCCUGGACCUGGAGCUGAAGGCCCCGGGCCCGGCGCGGGCCCCCGCGGCGCCCGCGUCCCUCCUGGAGCCGCGGCUCUGGGGCGUGGAGCUCCUGGCCGGCCUGCUCGCCGAGCGGGACCCUGGCUCCCCGCCCGCCGGGCCGCCCCGCGUCAGCGUCGUCUCCUAUUUGCUGAGUCCGGCCUAUCUGGACGGCCUGCCGCGCGGCGGCCCGCGCUAUCGGGGCGGCGGGCCCGGCCCCUGGCAGCCGCUCGGCCCGGCCGGCAGCAGCAAGAGCAGCAGCGGCGGCGGCUCCAGCAGCUGCCGCCGUGCGCCCCUGGAGCCGGCGCGGGCGGCCGCCAGCCCCCCGGCAUGCCCGCCGCCCACCCGCGAGGGCCUGCCCGAGAUCCAGCACCUGCGCAUGAAGCGGCUGGAGUUCCUGCAGCAGGCCCGCCGGCCGCCCGCGCCGCCCGCGCUGCCCACGCUGCCCACGCUGCCCACGCCCGAGCAGGACCAUGGCUAUCACAGCCUGGAGGAGGAGCACGGCCUGCUGCGCGUGGACCUGAAGCGCGGCGGCCAGAGCCCCGCGGCCGGAGCCACUUCCGGAACCGCGCUGGUCCCCGUGGCCCGAGCCCAGUUGUUGACUGAAGAGCCGCCGCCGCCGCCGGCCGUGGGCAAGCCGGGCCCGGCGGCAACGUGGCCUGCGGACGCGCCACCCAUGGCCGAGGGCGCGGCCCCCCCGGGCCCGGCCGACGAGCCGCCCCGCGUGGCCGCCGCGCGGCCCGCGUGCAGCAACCCGCUCAUCGACUACAUCCUGGGGGGCGCCCCGGCCGACGCGGACGCCGGCUCCGAGUCGGACGGCAGCGAGGACUGGUCCGAGGACGACGGCUUCGACAGCGACGGCGACAGCGACGGCGACAGCGACAGCGACAGCUCGUCGUCCGAGGCGAACCCGGGACCCGGCCUCCAGCUCUGGGACUCCUUCCACAGCGGCGACCCGUACGACCCCCGCAACUUCACCGCGGCGCUCCGGACCCGCGCGCGGCCCGGCCCCGGGCAGCCCGCGGACCCGCGCGGAGACCCGAGACCCGGCGGGGACGACGACGACGACGGCGGCGGCGGCGGCGAUGGGGAGUCGAGCGCCGACGAGGCCGAGAGCCUCCGGCUCUGGAACUCCUUCUGCCGCUCCGACGACCCCUACAACCUUUUCAACUUCAAGGCGCCCUUCCAGACGGCGGGGAAGAGCUGGAAAGGCUUCGGGGACGCCGCCGGGGGCCCCGCGUCCUUUGUGGCCGUUUCUGAGCGACGCACGGUCCUGUCCUGCAAGGUGCGGCUGGUCGGGAGCCCAGAAGGCGCGUGUGCGGGCCUGCGACAGUCUGUUCUCGGACAAGGACACUCGCCCGCCCGGAGGAAAAAGGUAACCUUCCUUGAAGAAGUUACUGAGUAUUACAUUAGUGGUGAUGAGGAUCGCAAAGGACCGUGGGAAGAAUUUGCCAGGGAUGGAUGCAGGUUCCAGAAACGAAUUCAGGAAACAGAACAUGCUAUUGGCUAUUGCUUGACAUUUGAGCACAGAGAAAAAAUGUUUAAUAGACUACAGGAAACAUGCUUCCAAGGACUUGUUUUCAAGCAAUGUUAAGGCGAUGUGAUAGCCUCUGCCCUCACUUGCUCUGCCUCUUCAGAGGUGUCUUUCAAACACAUUUGGCAGCUGUUCUCUGACUUCUUAACAGAAGGUCCAGCGACCUGGCUUCAUAGUUUUUUGUUACAUCCCUCUCACACGUAGGUCUGAAGCCAGCCCUUGGUAACAGAGGGGGAAAGGGUAUGAUUUCUUAUCCUCCCUUAGAUGGAUCUGUUUUUGAAUGCCGUUUAUUUGCUGUGGUGAAAGAGAACCUUUUAAGGUGUAAUUUUGCACUUUUAAAACUCUCGUUUUCUUUGAAAAUGAUAUUUAUAGGGUUCAGAACCCAUUUCUGAUUAUAAUCUAUGCGUGAAGACUUUGGGCUGUUCUUCCCCGGACCAUUCUGAAGUUAAUGGACUUCAUGGUUUCUUCACCUUCUUUAAAAAAAAGUUCAGGUUUUUGCUAACUGAAAACACAUGGUGUCACCUUUUUUUUUUCCCCAUCUAAAAAUGACUGGUUGAAAAUGUGUGGUGUGUUUGGUUAUAGGUUACCGGUCUCCAAGGACCGCUGCAGGAUCUGCAUGUGUAGUACUUUGGGAAAGCUGCAUCUUUCUGCCAAAUUUUAGUCUCUACUCUCUUAAAUUGCUCUCUGGAAAGGGUUCUGUAAAUGUUAUUGUAGUUCCUAGUUGAAUGGUUCUUUGUAUCUAUGAGCAGAUAAAAAUAAUGGAAAAGACUGCAGAAAGUAAUGAUUGCAUCAUAAGCUUUUAUUUUUUAAAUUAAAAAUCCUAGAAUAUAUAAAAGGAAGAUAAUGUGAGGCAUUUCAGCAAUUUUGUUUUGUUGUAUGCUCUCCACAGAAGACCAGUGUUACUCAAUCAUUUCUCGGCACUGUCACUUUUAAAUGCCUGUCAGGGUGACGUUGUAAACUUGGAAAUGGGCAGUUAGGAAUUUUCCAGUUUGAAAUGUGCAGACUUCAGUCAAUAUCCAAGUUUAUUGUGUUCUAUUUUAAUGAGAGAAGGAAUAGUAAGGCUUGGAAUAGUAAGGCUUAUACUUUCAGGAGAAGAUAGAAUUAUAGAUUUAAUAACGGGAAAUCUUAAUAUCUUAACUCAAGAUUGCUUGUGAAUUGAAUGUUUUGCAGUGACUAGUUGUGCUUGGUUUAUUUAAUUAGUUCCUAUUAUUGGUGUUCUCUGUUAAGUUGAAGACAUAUUAACCAGUUUCAAAAUGUUCUAUUUCUACUGCACAGGUAAUAGAAAUAUGAGUAGAAUAGGUGAUCUUUUAAUUUUUAACUGAUUUCAGUGUAUGAAUGAAUUUUUCAUUGGAGUGCUUGCAGAAUUACUACCUCAGUUUAUAGUCUACCUGGUCAUUAUUUUAUUUCUGUCUGUUUUGUUCUUAAGAGUUGCCUCCAGUGUUGAUAGAUUCAUCAGUGAACACACUGAGAGUGCAGUAUCAUAAAAGAUGGUCAGAUUUGUGCAGAGCCCUUGCUCAGCGUGUUUAGUACACCUUCAUGUUGGGUAAUCACAGGGAAUGCGUUUAGAGUCUUGGUUUAACAACCGACCACAGGGUAGAUUGUAGGGGUGGGGCUGGGGGCUGAGGCUCUUGUAGGGGAUUGUACCCAGAGAUGCCUCACAUUCAAGGCUUGUGCUCUUCUGUUGAGUCGGAUUUCCUGCCCAAGCUGGGUAGUUUGAAGUACCACCUGUAUCAGUUGGAAAGAAGUCACAGGUGGCCUUAAUAAAAGUGUUUGAAAAGUACAUGUGCUUUCUCAAGACCCAACGGAAGCCUGCAUUUUAUUUUAGAGAUCUAGACUUUUCUUCUUUCUGAAAUCUAGCAUCUCACCUUAUGUGAAGAUGACGGAAUAUCUUUUACCUUUGUUGGGUUUUGAGAAAUUGUUCUCUGAGGGUUUCAACCCUACCAUGAAAUGAAUUAAUUCCAGGCCAAGACUUCAGUUUAAAAGAAGUGACCGUACGCCAGUGGGCAGGAUGGAAGGGACCAUUUUAAGGUGGACUGAAGGAAAACUCGAGUUUCAUUCCGAUUUUAGUUGUUAGACCAAAGUUAAACACCCACAUUCUUGAAAAUUUUCACUAUUUAUACAUUUAAAGUCUUAAAAUGGUGCUUUAAGAAUCAUCGUAGCAUGUGAAAACCUUUGUGCAGACAGGUAAAGUUGCCUUUCCUUGGUGUUGAAAUGUACUAACAGCACCUGUUCAUCUUUAACUUGAAUCAAAUGUUAUUUUUUUAUAAUUUAAGAAAGGUAACAUUAGAGACUAGAGGACUUUUAAAUGGCUUCAGCAGAUUCAGUAAUUUAAUUUACCAGCGUGUGGAGAUUUUAUAGCUAAAAUUAUAUUUGUAUAUAUAACUGUUAACUAAUCUGUAAAUUGUAAUAAAUAUAUUUACAAUUAAAUGCUAUGUGAUAUUUUGAUUCAA